GCACCCAAUCACACCCAAUCACACCACUUCUACUCCUUUUUUAUUUUCUUUUUUCCCUUUUCCCCGCUGGCGUUAAAAAAUUUAAAUAAAAGUUGAAAAAGACAAAAUUCAUAACAGCUUUUGUUUUAGAGAGAGAAAGAAGAAAAACUAGAGUGAGUGAAGCAACCAAACCAACUCCCAGCAAGAAGCAUCAUCAUCAUCAAUCAAACCUGGUUUAAUUUUUGUAGAGAGAGAAAGUGGAGAAAUCAAUUCAGAUUGCUGUGAUCAUGGAGUAGAUCCCUCUUUGAUUCCCCCGUUUCUCUCUCCUCUGAUUUCCUCCUCUUCUUUUUUAAUUCAACGUUCCUUGAUUCAUUUCCACAUUUUACCAUGAUCCCUGCUCCCCGUAGUCUCGCCCGCAUACGAUAAUUUCGCCGUAGAUCUCUUCGCCGGUUUUUUUUGUUGGCGGAAUUAGGAGAGAGGAAAUUGUACUCCUUUGAAUGGGGCAGUGUUACGGUAAAGCCGUCGCCGGCGAUGAUGGCGACGUUGUGACAACUAUAGUAGCUCCUUCUUCCGCCGCGGAUGGUGGCGUAAGUGUUCAUCCUCAGUCGCCACUUCCGGCAUCGGAAGUUGCGAAUAUUCCAUCAGUGAGGAAUACUCCGGCGAGAUCAUCUCCGUGGCCUAGCCCGUAUCCAUCCGGAGUUGCGCCGUCUCCUUCUCCGGCGAGGUCUACGCCGAGGAGGUUUUUCCGGAGGCCGUUUCCGCCUCCGUCCCCGGCGAAGCAUAUAAAAGCGUCUUUAGCAAAGCGGCUUGGGAAUGCAAAGCCGAAAGAGGGGACGAUACCGGAGGACGGUGGGGGAAACGAAGGAGGGCAACUGUUGGAUAAGAGUUUUGGGUAUGCCAAGAAUUUUGGGGCGAAGUAUGAAUUGGGGAAGGAGGUUGGGAGAGGGCAUUUUGGUCAUACUUGUUCUGCAAAGGGGAAAAAAGGAGAGCUUAAGGAUCAAGCUGUUGCUGUAAAGAUCAUUUCCAAGGCGAAGAUGACGACAGCGAUAUCAAUUGAAGAUGUUCGCAGGGAAGUUAAGAUCCUUAAAGCCCUCUCAGGGCAUAAGCAUCUGGUCAAAUUUUAUGAUGCAUGCGAGGACUCAAACAAUGUAUACAUUGUCAUGGAAUUAUGUGAAGGUGGGGAAUUGCUUGACCGAAUAUUGUCCAGAGGUGGAAGGUACCCUGAGGAAGACGCGAAGGUCAUUAUUAAACAGAUUCUAAACGUUGUAUCAUUCUGUCAUCUCCAGGGUGUUGUGCAUCGUGAUCUGAAACCUGAGAACUUCCUGUUUACGUCUAGAAGUGAAGAUGCACACAUGAAGCUAAUUGAUUUUGGCCUCUCAGACUUUAUUAGGCCAGAUGAAAGACUAAAUGAUAUUGUGGGGAGUGCUUACUAUGUUGCACCUGAAGUCCUCCAUAGAUCAUAUAGCCUAGAAGGAGAUAUAUGGAGCAUUGGUGUUAUCACAUAUAUAUUAUUAUGUGGAAGCAGGCCUUUCUGGGCACGGACAGAAUCAGGGAUUUUUCGUGCAGUGUUAAGAGCGGAGCCCAAUUUUGAUGAUUUGCCUUGGCCUUCUGUGUCUCCUGAAGCUAAGGAUUUUGUUAAAAGAAUGCUUAACAAGGACUACAGGAAGAGGAUGACUGCUGCCCAAGCUUUGACUCAUCCCUGGUUGCGGGACGAAAACCUUCCUAUUCCUUUAGAUAUAUUGAUCUACAAAUUGGGGAAGUCGUACCUCCAUGCAACUCCUUUUAAAAGGGCCGCAUUGAAGGCUCUCUCAAAAGCCCUUACAGAGGAUGAAUUGUUUUACUUAAAGGCAGAGUUCGCGCUUUUGGAGCCUACCAAAGAAGGCCGUGUAUCUUUUGAGAACUUUAGAAUGGCUCUUUUGAGUAAUGCUACUGAUGCGAUGAAGGAAUCCAGGGUUCCUGAUAUCCUAAAUACGAUGACAACUCUUUCUUACAGAAAGAUGGAUUUUGAUGAGUUUUGUGCUGCUUCGAUCAGUACACACCAACUCGAAGGUCGGGAAGGUUGGGAUCAGAUUGCAUCUACGGCUUUUGAUCAAUUUGAGCAGGAAGGCAAUCGGAUUAUCACGGUUGAGGAGCUUGCUAGGGAAUUGAAUCUUGGACCAACUGCUUAUUCAAUUUUAAGAGAUUGGAUUAGGAGCUCGGAUGGGAAAUUGAGUUUUCUUGGAUAUACUAAAUUUUUGCAUGGGGUGACUAUUCGUAGCACUAAUACAAGACAUCAUCAAUAGGUUUAUCAUUUACCAAAAGGAAAGGGGGGCUCGUUGUCGAAAAUGAUUAAUUUAGAUUCAUGCCUAAUUACAGGUUAUUAAGGAAAGCUUUUAUAUUUUCCCUAUUUUGGAAAGCAUAGGAAGAUGUGUAUAAAUGAAUAAUAUUAGUCAAGUUUAGCGAAGGUUGUCGAGGGAAAAAUGUACUAUAAAUGGGUUCUGUAAAUGUAGCUCAUUCCGGUCACUUGAUUUUGAUAAAAUAUAUGUUAGGGGUUUGAGCACAAAA